GUCAUCUCCUAAUUGGGAAGUUUGGGAGGAAAAGGCGGGAAACGGAGCCGUUGGGAGAAGAGCAGAUUUCAGAAAAUGACAGAAGAGAUAGAUUUCACUGAGCAAGACUCUGAUGGAGGUAGUGAGGAGGUGGUACUAACUCCUGCAGAACUUAUUGGAAAACUGGAGCAGGCCUGGCUAAAUGAAAAAUUUUCCCCUGAGCUACUGGAGAACAAAUCUGAAAUUGUAGAAUGUGUCAUAGAACAGCUGAAUCAUAUGGAAAAGAAUCUCAGGCGAGCAAAGAAAGGUGAUUUGAAAGUUAGCAUCCACCAUAUGGAAGUAGAAAGAAUCCGCUAUGUCCUGAGCAGCUACUUGAGGUGUCGACUGAUGAAGAUAGAGAAGUUUUUCCCUCAUGUCCUUGAAAAGGAAAAGACGCGGUCUAAAGGAGAACCUUCCAUUCUUUCCCCAGAAGAGUUUGCCUUUGCCAAAGAGUACAUGGCCAACAUGGAAACCUAUCUGAAAGCUGUGGCCUUAAGGCACAUGCCUCCUAACCUGCAAAAGGUGGAUCUCCUAAGGUUAGUUCCCAAACCUGACUUAGAUUCAUAUGUUUUUCUGAGAGUGAAGGAAAGACAAGAAAACAUUUUGGUAGAGCCAGAGACAGAUGAACAAAGAGAAUAUGUGAUUGACUUGGAGGAAGGUUCUCAACAUUUGAUCAGAUACAAAAUCAUUGCACCUCUAGUGGCUUCUGGAGCUGUACAAUUGAUUUAAAACUUAAAAGCUUAUAAGGUCAUUGAAGAAAUUACUGGAAUAUCUUAGAGAACUCUGAUCUGCUUUUGCUAAUAAUUAUGACAUUUUGCAGAGAUCUCAAAACUUUUUCAAUAGGAAGAAUGGAUUAUAUGGAACUAAAAAGGAAGGCAGAAAUUCUAAUAUUGUAAAUCUGUUCUUCUAUUUUAUCCCUUUAUCAGCAGGUGGAGCCAUUGUUCUCUUUAUUUUGAAUGUAAGACUAUAGUUCUUUCAGGUGGACUAUCAAGGACUGUUUACCAAAUAUAUGUUAAAGUUGAAGUGUUUAUACCUGUAUAGAGGAACUAUUACUUGUAAUAUAUGAAUGGGAGAAUGAGUAUAUUGUGAGACUUGUAGUAUUGUUUUGUUUCAUUUUACUUUCUGGAAUAGUACAAUAUAACUAGAUAUAUAUAGACAUUGAUGUGCUUAUUUUAGAACGUAGCACCAAAAAAAAAAAAAAAACAAAACAAAACAAAACAAAACAAAACGUAGCACCAUUAUGGGAAGAAGCCCAUUCUUUUGUGAAGCUAUUUUUUUUAUUACCUACAAUAAUGUAUCCCUAAUAAAAAAUAUUUUUAACAUGCUCAAAUAAGAA